AUGCGGCAUACAGCAGCCUUUGUUGCUAUCAGCUCCCUCGUGGACUUGGUCCAGGGUGCCGCCUCUCAGGCUUAUACCUGGAAAAAUGUGGUCACAGGAGGCGGCGGAGGCUUCACUCCAGGCAUCGUGUUCAAUCCCUCGGCCAAAGGUGUUGCGUAUGCUCGCACCGACAUUGGUGGUGCCUACCGGCUUAACUCGGACGAUACCUGGACUCCAUUGAUGGACUGGGCCAACAACUCCAACUGGCACGACUGGGGCAUCGAUGCCAUUGCCACCGAUCCCGUCGAUACCGACCGGGUGUAUGUGGCCGUGGGUAUGUACACCAACGACUGGGAUCCCAACGACGGAUCCAUUCUCCGCUCCACCGACCAGGGCGAUACCUGGGCGGAGACCAAACUCCCUUUCAAGGUUGGAGGAAACAUGCCCGGUCGUGGAGUUGGCGAGCGGCUGGCGGUGGACCCCAACGACAACAGCAUUCUGUACUUUGGAGCCCGCAGUGGCCACGGCUUGUGGAAGAGCACCGACUAUGGCGAGACCUGGUCGAAUGUAACCGCCUUCAAAUGGACCGGCACCUAUUUCCAAGACUCCAGCUCCAGCUACACGUCCGACCCGGUAGGCAUCGCCUGGGUGACAUUUGAUUCGACCUCUGGCACCUCUGGCUCUGCGACUCCGCGCAUCUUCGUCGGCGUGGUCGACACUGGCGAGUCCGUCUUUGUAUCCGAAGAUGCCGGUGAAACCUGGUCUUGGGUAUCCGGCGAGCCCUUGUACGGCUUCCUCCCCCACAAAGGCAUCCUUUCUCCCUCCGAACACACCCUCUACAUCUCCUACGCCAACGGUGCCGGUCCCUACGACGGCACCAACGGCACUGUACACAAAUACAACAUCACCAGCGGCAUCUGGACCGACAUCAGCCCUACCUCCAUGGCCUCCACCUACUACGGCUACGGCGGACUGGCCGUGGACCUCCAAGUGCCCGGCACCAUCAUGGUGGCCGCCCUCAACUGCUGGUGGCCCGACGAGCUGAUCUUCCGCAGCACCGACUCGGGCGCCACCUGGUCCCCCAUCUGGGCGUGGAACGGCUACCCCAGCAUCGACUACUACUACACGUACGACAUCACCAACGCGCCCUGGCUGCAAGACUCCACCUCGACCGACCAAUUCCCCGUGCGCGUCGGCUGGAUGGUCGAAGCCCUCGCCAUCGACCCCUUCGACUCCAACCACUGGCUCUACGGCACCGGCGAGACCAUCUACGGCGGCCACGACCUCCAAACCUGGGACACUUCCCACAACGUCACCGUCAAAUCCCUCGCCGUUGGCAUCGAAGAAAUGGCCGUCCUCGGCCUGAUAACUCCCCCUGGUGGUCCCGCCCUCCUCUCCGCCGUCGGCGACGACUGCGGCUUCUACCACUCCUCCCUCACCACCGCUCCAUCCCAAUACUUCCACACCCCGACCUACAGCAGCACCAACGGCAUCGACUACGCAGGUAACAAACCCUCCAACAUUGUCCGCUCCGGCUCCAGCGACACCGAUCCCACUCUCGCCUUGUCCUCCAACUUUGGCCAAUCCUGGUACGCCGACUACGCCGCCACCUCCUCCACCCCCACCGGCCAAGUCGCUCUCUCCGCCGACGCAGACACCAUCCUCCUCUCCACCACAUCCGGUGUCCUCCGUUCCCAAAACUCCGCCACCUUAUCCACCAUCUCCUCCCUCCCCUCCUCUGCAAUCAUCGCCUCCGAUAAAUCCAACAACACCUUCUUCUACGCCGCCUCGGGCUCAUCCUUCUACCUCUCCUCCGACACAGCAGCCACAUUCACCAAAACCACCACCCUCGGCUCCAGCACCACAGUCAACGCCCUCCGCGCCCACCCCUCCACCGCAGGCGACAUCUGGGCCUCCACUGACGUCGGCCUCUUCCAUUCCACCGACUUUGGGAAAUCCUUCACCCAGAUUGGAAGUGGAUGUACCGAGGGAUGGAGUUUCGGGUUCGGGAAACCGGAAUCUGAUACUUCAUACCCCGUUCUGUUUGGUUUCUUUACUGUGGAUGGCGUCACUGGAUUGUUCAAGACGGAGGAUGAGGGUGUAAACUGGCAGUUGAUUUCCGAUGAGAGUCAUGGGUUCGGGGCUGCGGAUGCGAAUGUGGUGAAUGGGGAUUUGGCGACGUAUGGGAGGGUUUUUGUGGGGACGAAUGGGAGGGGGAUUUUUUAUGGGGAUGCGAGUGGGACUCUUCCGAGUGCGACUGCGACUGCUACUGCCAGUGUGAGUGUGAGUGCGACGGGGGUUAAGGUGGGCUCGAGUACGAGUUCAGUGUCGACUGUAGGGUCGGUGACGAGUAGUACUGUUGGUUCUACUACUAAGUCGACGACUCUGACCACGACGACAAAGACGGGUGCGGCGAGUACUUCUACUACUACUGCAGCUACAGCUACAGCUACAGCAACAGCAACUGGAACAAGUACUGCAUACGGUCAGUGUGGAGGGAGUGGGUAUACGGGCCCGACGACGUGUCCGAGUGGGUAUACCUGCACGUAUGAGAAUGAGUUUUAUUCGCAGUGUGAGUGA